CCUUGCGAUGGGAUUGGGAGCCUCCUCCUUCAGUCUCACUACAACUUUCACUCAACCCACGAGAAAAACUCACCCCACGUUCACUUCAAAUCCUACACAUUUCCCCACGCACCCUGCAAAGCACUAAAAAACCAAGAAAAAAGAAAGACGCAACAACACUUUCCCUCCCAUCUUCUUCCAGUUUCCUCCGAACCAAACAUGUCUCUCUCCCUCUUCUGAGAUUUGAGUUCUCUCUACGAUUCUACUCGACUUCCAAACCUUGAAACCCAACCUCUCCCCAAAAAGAGAAAGGUAGGACUAUAAAGUCUCCGGACUUUCUCAAAUACUUCAAGUUCUCUCACUUUUCCCCUAAAAAAAAUUCCGUCAUUUUCUACAAGCCUGUCAAACAUUCUCACACUUUUCCAUCCCAUUUUCCCUUAAAGCAAACAUGCCUCCUUCCUUCAGCCUCCUCUUCCCUCUCUUCAUCCUCUUCCUCUUUUCCUCUCCGACCAUUUCCUCACUCACUGAGCUUCCCACUCUCAUGGCCAUCAAGGCCUCUCUAGACCCUCAAAAUCAGUUCCUGACUUCAUGGACCCCAAAUACUGACCCUUGCAGUGGCUCUUUCGAAGGCGUGGCUUGCGACGAGCAAGGUCUUGUGGCCAAUAUCUCUCUGCAAGGGAAGGGCCUCUCUGGUACAAUACCUGCAGCCUUGGCCGAGCUCAAGAGCUUGACCGGGCUGUACUUGCACUUCAAUGCUCUGACUGGAAAAAUACCAAAGGAGAUUUCCCGGUUGACCCAGCUCAAUGAUUUGUAUCUCAAUGUGAAUAAUCUCUCCGGGGAGAUUCCUUCCGAGAUUGGCAACAUGCCUAAUCUUCAAGUUUUGCAGCUGUGUUACAACAAGUUGACUGGGAGCAUACCAACACAGCUAGGAAAUAUGUGGAGGCUUAGUGUUCUUGCUUUGCAGUAUAAUCAAUUGACCGGUGCAAUUCCUGCAAGUUUGGGUGAUUUGAAGAUGUUAACGAGGUUGGAUUUGAGCUUCAAUGGGCUUUUUGGUUCAAUUCCAGUAAGAUUAGUUAAUGCUCCCAUUCUGGAAGUUCUCAACGUACAAAACAACUCUCUUUCAGGCAUCGUCCCUCCAGCUUUGAAGAAACUGAAUGGUGGAUUCCAGUACAAGAACAAUCCAGAACUAUGCGGCAUUGGGUUUUCUGACUUAAAUGUUUGCAAACCUACUGACGGUCUAAACACAAAUAGACCAGAACCAUUUGAACCUGGCAGUGUUUCUACAAAAACUCUCCCGGUAUCAGCGCCCUUAAAGUCUGAUUGCAGCAAAAACCUGUGUUCAAAACCCUCAAAAUCCCCACAAGUUGGUAUAGUUUUGGGGGUGAUUGGACUUAUUAUCGCUGUGGCUGUUAGUGGAUUAUUCGCAUUUGCAUGGUACCGUCGACAAAAGCAGAAAAUUGGAAGUGCCUUUGAUACUUCAGAUAGCCGGCUUAGUACUGACCAGGUUAAGGAAGUUUGUAGGAAGAGUGCGUCUCCUCUAAUAAGUCUUGAAUACUGUAAUGGAUGGGACCCUCUGUCGAAAGGUCGAAGUGGAUUCUCUCAGGAAGUUCUUGAAAGCUUUAUGUUCAACUUAGAGGAUGUGGAACGUGCAACCCAGUGUUUCUCUGAGGCCAAUUUGUUGGGGAAAAGCAAUUUCUCCGCUAUCUACAAGGGGACACUUAGAGAUGGGUCUGUUGUUGCUAUAAAGUGCAUUGCCAAGACAAGCUGCAAGUCUGAUGAAGCUGAAUUCUUGAAGGGGCUGAAGAUAUUGACCUCAUUGAAACAUGAAAAUCUUGUUAGGUUGAGAGGCUUCUGCUGUUCAAAAGGCAGGGGAGAGUGUUUCCUUAUCUACGAUUUUGUCCCAAAUGGCAGUCUAUCAGAGUAUCUUGAUGUUAAGGGUGGCAGUGGGAAGGUUCUUGAAUGGUCUGCCAGAGUAUCUAUCAUCAAUGGUGUUGCCAAAGGUAUUGGGUAUUUGCACAGAAACGGAGGAAACAAACCUGUUAUAGUUCACCAGAAUAUAUCGGCUGAGAAAGUGCUCAUCGAUGGAUGGCAUAAUCCUUUGCUCUCAGACUCAGGCCUGCACAAACUCCUUGCAGAUGAUGUUGUCUUCUCCAUGCUCAAAGCCAGUGCAGCCAUGGGAUACUUGGCUCCAGAAUACACAACCACCGGUCGCUUCACUGAAAAGAGCGAUGUAUAUGCAUUUGGUAUGAUCAUAUUUCAAAUCCUUGCUGGAAAGCGUAUGAUCACCCAGUCAACUCGCCAAGGGGCAGAAUCAUGCAAAUUCGAAGAUUUUGUUGACAUGAACCUUGAGGGGAAGUUCUCUGAAUCAGAAGCAGCAAAACUUGGGAGAAUCGCAGUGCUUUGCACCCAUGAAUUUACUAACCAACGGCCAUCCAUGGAAAGUGUGAUGCAAGAACUAAGUGGUCCUAUUGGCAGUUCUUGAUUAUCUCCUUGCGCUUUGGUGUUCAAAGACAAAAGGAGGGAUAGAUGAGGCUUCUACUAACUGUUGACCGAUGCCCCAGCUCUUGGUUGUUUAUGUUUCCUUCUAACGGUAGAGUUAUUGCUCAAUGACUGAACUUGUGAAUGGUAUGAUGCUGGUUCUUGCAUGCGCGAGCAGAGGACCUGGAGUGAUUUUGAUGGUGGAAUUUAGCCUUUAUUAUUUGUACUAAACUCUUGCUAUGUAAAAUGUUAUGUACGUUUCCUUUA